AUGAUCACCAGGUGUUCACUUCAUGUAGAAUUAGAAAGAUCACACUUUACCAGCGGUGGUACAGUCAAUGGCACAAUUCACUUGACUCUCUAUCAACGCCAGUUCCUUCACUCAGUCCAAGUUCAUCUUGGUGGCUUUGAGAAGAUAUACCUUCAGUCGGGAAAAGUUGAUCACGGCAGUAAUGCCGAGCACAUCAAUGUGAGCACGGACGAACAUCAUCAUAUCAGUCCAUUCUUCUCUGAAUCACGUGUAAUCUUCCCACCACCACCACCACUAUCUGCAGCGGACAUCACAUCAGCAGCUACAACUUCCGCCUCAUCAUCUUCACCCUCAAGCUCACAAUCACCAAUUAUCACAUACAGCCCGCCGUCCCUUCACUCGAGAAACAUUAACAAGGACAGCAACCAUGGCAACAGUAGCAACAACCACAAAAUAUUGUCCCAUAUCAACUUUACUGGCGACGGUGCAGAGCUCGACCUUGGAACCUACACACAUACAUUCUCUCUUCAACUACCAACAUUCUUGGCGCCCUCUGUCAACUACAUUGACUUUCUCUCUAUCUUUUAUGUGGCACGUUGUGUCGUCAACUACAGUAAGGGCAAAGAGUGGCAGCCCAUAUCCAUACAUCGCAGUACAGAGUUCUUUGUUCAGGGUGUAGGAGCGACAUACCUACAGCACCUGGCAGACAACCGAUCAUUUGUCAAUGCUCGAGUCUCGCGCUUCCUCUGGUCGUCCAAAGCUCAGCCGGUAGAGAUGGCUGUAUGUCUACGUGACGCCGACAACUUCAUUGGAGAUCGCGUCUUUUUCUUUGUACAACUACGCAACCCAUCCAACAUCAGCAUAACCGAGCUCCAACUGGAUUUCUUCCAACAGAUCCACAUCAUCCUCCCCGGUGAAUCGACGAAGCAGCAACUGGCCUGCACCAAGAUGAUGUCAUCGUCGUUUGAUAUCAGUAGUCGCUCGGCAACCGCUCACAACAAUGACAUUACAUCGGCUCAAUUCCAGAUCAAGCUGCCGCAGAUGGUAGAGGACGACGUUGUGUUCCCCACUACUUUGGGUUCGCUCUGCAAAAUCAAACACUUCUUCCGUGUAUCACUGCCACAGGUCAAAGUGGAGGUUCGUCUCAAGUUCCAGCUUUGGUCAAGAUCAACAGUUUGUGAUGAUGAUACCCAACUAAACAAUCUCAGCUAUCUAAGUCUCAGCAACAAUAAUAUCAAUAAUAUCAACAAUAACAAUAACAACAACAACAACAACAACAACAACAACAACAACAACAACAACAACAACAACAACAACAACAACCUCAACAACAAAGUACCAGUUGCAUGGCAAGUGGAUUGGAUGCCAACUUGGGUCAGAGACGAAGAUAACACCCAAAAGUGCACGUUGUGCUCUGAAUCAUUCAAUUUCAUUGUGCGCAAGCAUCAUUGUCGCUCGUGUGGCAAUGUAUUCUGUGGCAAAUGUGCAGGACAACGACUGCCUUUGGCCAAAUAUGGCGUCAACGAGAAGGUCAGAGUGUGCAUACUCUGCCAGGAGGAGAUCAAGGACACCAAAUCCAGAGAGGACACACAGUUACCCAAGCGAAGGUAUCAUCCACAUCUUGUCUUGACGACCAACCUCCACACAAACGAUAGUAGUAGCCAUCUACAUUCCCGUGGGUCCAAGUGA